GGGGAGGAGAGCCGAACUCACAAAAGCAUUCCACCCUUCUGUAUUGUCAGGCCAGAAGGUACGUGUGAAUAGUCCAUGUUGGGGGUGGGUGUGAUCUAUGAUGGAGGCAGCUCUACAGUAGAAAACUAACCAGAUUGUGUUGCUCCACCUCAAAAAAAUCAUGCUAAAGGUGUAGCAAAAGAGAUCUGGGAGACUUUGCACAUGCAAAUUUGCAUGCAACCUUUUGUGCUGUGGAGGAUAAAUAGGUGACUGCUUCAUCUAUUUAGUUCACAAGAAACAAAAUGCAGAAGAGGUUCACCGCUCAGGAGGCAUUGGAACUGAUUCUGAGCAGUGCCAGCCCUUGUGAUUCAGAUGGAGAAGAUAUAGACCUUCAACCGGAUUCGGACUCUGAGCUGUCUUCAGAUGAGGAGACUCUCCCUCUACCAAAAAAGAGAGCUCGUUUGGGGAGUGAGCCGUCAGAGACCGCGAAAGAUGGCACAGUGUGGCGUGAAGAACAAGUGGGGACACAUCUCCAUUUCACUCCAAUAGAACCGUACGCCACAGAUGGAGAGCCAAGCGCUAAGGCCAGACGAAGUAUCCGGAGUCGCCUUCAGAGCUUCCUCUGUUUUAUCACUCUUGACAUGCUUCGUAGCAUUCGAGAAUGGACUACUCAACAUGCACGUCACACGGAGCAGCUGGAUUGGUUCAUGGAUCUCCCGGAACUAAUGGCAUUUAUUUCAGUCAUUAUCUUGCGGGGGGUGACCAAGGUUCCAUCACUAUGUGACAGCUGGUCAGCAAACCUGGGAAACCCAAGGAUCAUUGAAACUAUGGCCCGAAACCGCUUCCAAGACAUCAUGCGACACCUACGCUUUGAUGACAUGUUUACACGCAGUGAGCGAGCGGAGACCGAUAAGUUUGCUGCAAUCUCCGAUGUUUGGGGAUCGUUUGUCACUAACUGCAUCGCAUCCUACAACCCUGGUCGACACAUCACUAUUGAUGAACAACUUUUUCCAUCAAAGACUCGCUGCUGUUUCCUGCAAUACAUUGCAACAAAACCGGACAAGUUUGGCAUCAAGUUUUGGGUGGCUUGUGACUUGAAAUCAAAGUACAUCUGUAAUGUCUUCCCAUAUCUUGGCAAGGACCCCAGUCGUCCCAGUGGGGAGAGACUGUCCGAGACUGUAGUGAUGAGGCUGAUGGAACCGUUCAUGGACAAGGGCAGAACUGUAACCACAGACAAUUUCUUUACAUCACUGUCACUUGCACAACGACUGCUUAGCCAGAAAACCACUAUCCUCGGCACAGUCAACAAGAGACGACGGGAAAUUCCUCAAUCCGCUAGACAGAUGGAUCGCACUGAAUUCACCACUCAGGUGUUUUCAACCACUGGUGCCACGCUGACGGUGUAUGCGCCCAAACGGAAGAAGGCCGUUUAUGUUCUCAGCAGCAUGCACAGCGUGGUUGAGACUGAGGAUACCACCAAAAGGAAGCCAAACACGGUCACACAAUACAACAAAACAAAGUGCGGUGUGGAUGUGAUGGACCAAAUGGUGCGGGAGUACAGCGUGCGUGCAGGAACACGGAGAUGGCCAGUUGCCGUGUUCUACAACAUGAUUGACAUGGCAGCACUGAAUGCACAUGUGCUUUAUCAGGCAUGCAUUGGGGUGCAGGAGAGACGGGUGGACUUCCUGUUUGAGCUUGCCAAAGAGUUGGGUAACUCUCAUGUGAGUGAGAAGAAGGCACACAAGGAGAAGCUGCUUCGGCAACAACCUUCCACACCCAGCUCAGGCAAAAGGGCAAAGUGUCAGGUCAACCAUCGAUGCAGGAACAACUGUGCAACUGUGAGAUGCGUUGACUGCUACAAAUACACAUGUGGCAAAUGCACCAGGGUCAUACCUUGGCAGUGCCAGGUAUGUUCCGACAGUGCAGACAGACUGCUAAAUGAGUGCUGAAAUGCCAGUCACACAAGGACAUGCCACUCACACACACGCAGCCCCCCACUGUGCCUAGUGUAAAUAUGUGUGGAAUUGUUUUAUUUCUUGUAUUUUUUGUAUUGUUUUUAAUGACAAAAAUAAAAAGCAUUCAAACAAAUAACUGUUGUUCUUUUGUAUAUUUCUCAUGCUGGAAUUUCAGUCCUCUUGACUUAGACACAAAUACUUCU